GAAUCUCUUGCCCCUCUUCAGAGAGAAGACAUGGCUUACCCUCUAAGGAAUGUUUUGGCUAUGGGGAGGGGAAGCUUAGACUUUGCCGAGAAGCUUCUUCAAGAAAAGAAUGAACCUCCCCCUCCCCCUCCAAGUUCUGGUGACACUUCUCCCGAGUGGUGCAAAUGUAAUGCGUGUAGGCCAAUGCCGAAUAAAAUCGAAAAUGUUUGUUGUAAGAGGGUGACCUGUAUUACAAGAUUUCAGGCAUUCAACAAUAUUUGUCUAGACAGGGACAUCCUUGAGGUUUGCAUCAAGGCUCGCUGCGACAUUCGGGCAGAUGAAUUCAAUUUCUCCAUGGAGAGUUUUAGGAAAGCCGCCUAUCGACAAUUUGUUCUGUGGAGGUUUGGCAAACUCGGCCGGGGCAAAAGGAGGGUAGUGCCCUCAUGUGUUGUAUUGUCAAUAAGAAGAAUAUAUCCCUCAGCAGAUGGUCAAUAUAUGGGAUAG